UAAGUACAGGAAAAACUGAUGGAUCAGUAACCCAACCCUCACUCUUCAACAACAACAACAAAAGUUCACAAGACUCUUUUUGUUACUUCCUUCCUUACAUUCACGCGUCCCGGGGUCACCAUGUCCGAUUCAGUGGAGGAAAUUGUUCCUGAUUCUUCAGCGAAAGAGGUGCAAGGGACCGUUGAUCACCGUGAUUAUUCUUCUUCAUCAUCCACCGACGGCGAUGAUUUUCGACGCCCCACCAACGAGAAGUCUCACCUCUUUGGCCGCCAGAAACCUGUCCAUGCCGCCCUAGGCGGUGGCAAACCCGCUGAUAUUUUGCUGUGGAGGAACAAGCAGAUUUCAGCAGGGAUGCUUGCUGCUGCCACUGUCAUAUGGCUGCUCUUCGAAUGGAUUGGUUAUCAUUUGCUCACUUUUAUUUGCCAUUCUCUCAUACUUACCUUGGCCAUCUUGUUCUUUUGGUCAAAUAUCUCCCACUUUGUCAAUAAGACUCCUAUGGAAUUUCCAGAGAUAGUAUUGCCAGAGAAAUUGUGGACUGAGGUUGCUCUCCUGUUGAGGGACAGAUUCAACUGUGCAUUUGGUGUCUUCUGGGAAGUGGCUUCUGGAAAGGAUUUGAAGAAGUUCCUAUAUAGUAUUUUAGGCUUGUGGAUUGUGUCUAUCGUUGGCAGCUGGUUCGAUUUUCUGACCCUUGUUUACAUCUUAUUUGUCAUGCUGUUGACAGUACCUUGGUUCUAUGAGAAACAUGAAGAUCAAGUGGAUAUCUAUGCACAGAAGGCCAAAAAAGAACUCAAGAGACAGUACAGUCAUUUGGAUGAGAAGGUUCUUCAGAAACUACCAAAAGUUCCUUUUGUUAAAGACAGUAAGCAGCAGUGAUGACAUUCUAUUCCCAGGCAGAUAAAGUUAUCACAGUAGGAGUGUGCUUUUUCUUUUUAUAACCACAACUAUACUAUGCUUCUCCAUUUUAACUAUGAGCUACUGCUAAGUGGUUUUCCCCCUCCUCAAUCCCUAUCUAUUCUUUUCUUUCUAUUGUUGUUGGUUGUGUGACUCCCUGCUUUCACCAAGUAUCUCUCAUUAUUUGAAUCAGAUUAAACAUGCAAUCAUG